GCCGAAAGCGAGAGUGCGGCAGCCGGUUCUGCGACUUCAGCAGCUGGAUCAGCAACUGCUGCAGCUAACAGCCAGAAAGCAGCGAAGACGAGCGAAACUAACGCAAAGUCCAGCCAGACGGCAGCGAAGACCAGCGAAACGAAUGCCAAAGCCAGUGAAACUGCGGCGAAAAAUAGCCAGGAUGCAGCGGCCCAAAGCGAGAGUGCCGCAGCUGGUUCUGCAAGUGCGGCGGCUUCUUCUGCCACUGCAUCAGCCAACAGUCAAAAAGCUGCAA